CCUCCCCCACGCUCCCAGUCGCCGUCUGUUCACUUGAUAUGGUGUGCAUGUCCGUGUCCAUUUUGGCACCAGUUGUUGAAUGCCUGUCAAAGUGAACACAUUUGAUUGUUGAUGGAGCCGAAUACGAGUGCUCCCACGCAGUGUCGCUUCGCAGUCGGAGCACGCGGCCUUGGUGACUUAUGGCCGUGCUCGCCAGCCAUCAGCGCGAAGCCCAGACAUCAGCGCGAAGCCAUAGCACUGCACCAAAAGUAUGCGAGUGCCCAGACUCUUUGCCAAGAAGUAUGGGGCGGGUCACGAGGCAGCGCGCUACCACACAUCUAGUUGGGAGAGUGCUGUUUCGAAGUCUCUGUGCCUUUCGAGGUUGCAGAGCACUCCAGACUACACUCGCGCCAUUGCUGCAUGUGCGAAAGGUACGGCAUGGGAAGUCGCGAUUGCUUUGUUGGACGUGAUGGCGGAUCGCAGAGUCGCGGCCAACACGAUCACUUGCAGUAGCCUUAUCAGCGCGUGCGGUAAACGGCGGCAGUGGCAGGAUGCCGUGUGGGUAAUGGAGCUGAUGAGACAACGUAGCAUUGUCGCCAACGCCUUCACAUAUAGUGCUGCCCUUAGUGGGUGCUCAAGGGCAACACAAUGGGAGACAGCUUUAAUGUUAUUUGUGAAGGCCCAAGACGCUGAUAUUCGAACAGACACCAUUUUUUGCAGUAGCGUAGUCAGCAUGUGCGCGAAGGGGAAGCUAUGGGACCAUGCGGUUGCUAUUUUGCAGGAUCUGAGUCUUCGGUCCCUGAGAGCAAACACUGUCACGUACAAUGCGGCAAUCAGUGCGUGCGAAAAGGGGAGUCAGUGGGUAGUUGCGGUGGGACUGCUCAGACACAUGCAAGGUUCACAAAUUCCACCUGACAGAAUAUCGUACAAUGCAACCAUGAGUGCAUGUGAGAAGCGGGGGAAGUGGGAGCGUGCGAUUUGCCUCCUGACCGAGAUGCAGGAAGGUCGCAUCCGUGCUGAUGUGAUCACCUGGAGUGCUGUCGUCAGUGCUUGCGAGAAGGGUAGCACGUGGGAAGCGGCGUUGAUGCUUCUGUCGCACUUGGAACGUUCUGAUCCGUCUGUAUGCACGGUCGCUUACAACGCCGCAAUCAGUGCGUGCGGCACGAGUGCUCAAUGGGUGAUGGCAUUGCUUGUUUGGCGAAAGAUGCGCCACGGCAACAUACCGACAGAUAUCAUCACGUCGAAUGCGUUAACCACUGCGUUCGACAAGGGACGACAAUGGGAAAAGGCCCUGCAGCAGUUCUGGGCAAUGAACGAAGCGCGUGUCGAGCACGAUGCCAUCAGCUAUUACGCGGCCAUGAGGGCGUGUGAAAAUUGCGGGCAGUGGGAUAUAGCAAUGGAACUGAUUGCGGCCAUGUUGAGAAAUCGCGUUUGUGACACAUCGGAAGGACAUGUGCCGUACGUGCACCAAGUGCAGGCUGGAAGCACGCUUGAUUGUUUCAAGCAUGUUGUUCUGCUCGUUUUGCUAGAACGCUUGACAUGUGAUGGUGCUCCCUCCCUCACUUAUUUGGACACCCAUGCUGGAGGUGGGAUAUAUGACAUCGACUCUCCCGAAGCACGGUUGCUCAGUAACUCGGACUGGGGCGUGCGGCGCUUGCAACACAGCGUUCUUGCUAAGCUUCCUGCGCCACUGUCGUAUUACAUGGAGUCAUUGCGGGAGCACAGUUCAAAUGCGGGUAAUGAGGCCUCGUCCCCGACAGCAUACCGCUAUUGCUUUGGCUCGCCCGCUUGGGCGUUGACGCAGCUGCGCCCUCAAGACCGCGCGGUCCUCAUCGAAAAGCAUGCCGGCGUGUGUGAAGAUCUGAGGCGGGGCGUGACGUCCCUGGAUGCAGCUUGCCGUUUGAACGUCAAGAUCGUCCAUGCAGAUUCGUACAGGUGGCUCACGCAGCUGCCGGAGCACAGCUUUUCGGGCGCCGGCCUCGUGCUGAUUGAUCCGCCGUACGACUCGUAUGAGUCAUACACAGCAUGGAAUCUCUUCAUGCUGAGGCACCUCCGGGGCAUCUGGCCUGCCAGUUGUGUCGUGCUGUGGUACCCGUGCCGGGAUGCUGCAGAGCGCUGCAGUUUCCACCGCCGCGUGCGGGCCUUGCGCUUGGGCGGCGUGCUCGUUGCAGAGCUCGAGGUCGAGAGUUCGGGCGCGGCCCUGAGCAGCUCUGGCCUCUUGGUCGUCAAUCCCCCACCCGAUAUCGUUGGGCAGUUGGAGGAGCUGCUGCCAGCGCUUGCUCGCAUGUUAGCGCCAGGGGGCAAGAUGGGCUGUCGCACUUGUGUGCGCUGGCUGGAGGACAAAUGAAGAAGCUGCACACGUGCAUUAACAAAAAGCUAUAGGCGUCAGGAUCGCACGGUUCAAAAGUGAUUGCGCUCAAUUGCGGGCACACGAGCGGCUCAACCAUGUGGUGUUGACCUCGGAUGCCUUGCCCAAGCGAGUUGUUUUUCUUCGCACGUCGUCCAGUGCAUGAUGUGCAUUGUGUUGCCAUAUUUUCGCGCAGGGCCUCGUCUUUGUCCCACGGGUCUGGCGUACGCCCUUGACAUGAGACCGCGGGUGAAGUGUUGCAGCCGUGUUUUGUUUGUUUCGAAAGCGUUGACAGUUCCGUAGUGC